AUGAGGUCGUCGGGCAGCAUGUUGCGCCGCCUCGACUUCUUCAACCUCCCCGAGCUCGGGCCCCCGCAGAUCUCGCCGAUCCAGGCUUUCUCCACGGCCUCGAGGGUGCGGGCGGCGCCCUCCACAUUGGCGUCCUGGCGCUACGUGGCUUCGCGGCUGGACACCGUCGCGACGGAGACUAGGUCCGCGAGUCACGAGCCUGUCGAGCUGGACGAGGCCCCCGACACGCGCCUCGCCUCAGGCACGCGGCGGCGCGCGCGGGAUGAGAUAGAAGUGGGUCGGACCCGCCUGCAGGGACACAUGUUUCUCCCCCUCGUGGCUCGCGAAUUCAAAUCUAGUCCGCUCGGAGCUCAUUAA